AUGUACAGAAAUUUUAUUAACUCUCUCGUCAACACCGCCGACGUUGACGACAUUGAAAUCGUUUUCAAAGACGACAGUGAUGAGUCUGAUGACGACUUUGAGGUCGUUUUCAAAGACGACAGUGAUGAGUCUGAUGACGUUGACGACUUUGAGGUCGUUUUCAAAGACGACAGUGAUGAGUCUGAUGACGACUUUGAGGUCGUUUUCAAAGACGACAGUGAUGAGUCUGAUGACGUUGACGACAUUGAAAUCAUUUUCAAAGACGACAGUGAUGAGUCUGAUGACGACUUUGAGGUCGUUUUCAAAGACGACAGUGAUGAGUCUGAUGACGUUGACGACUUUGAGGUCGUUUUCAAAGACGACGACGACGACGACGACGACGAUGUCGUUUUCAGUUAUGUCGACGAAGACACUAGAAGCACCUAUGGCACUCAUCUCAUCUCCCACUUCCGUUCCUAUGAUCAAUACGGGUUAGUGGUCGACAACAUUCACGUUAAGUGUACCUUCGAUGACGUGAAGGCGAUUAUGAGCUAG